UUGUAUGGGGAAAUAUUAGAAGUAAUUUCAGGACAUUACUUAUCGAAUAUCUUUUUCUUCGAAGCCGGAAACAGCACUUUCGUGAAAUCUCCCGGAGGAACGUCGACGGAAGUCCCACGCACGGAUUCCUACGAUCCUCAGUCACCUCCUCCGUGUAAUAAGAGAGUCCUGGUGCAGUUCUUGAAGUGCCGACGCAUCUCCGAUUUGAUUCGAGAAAUUCAGAUGUAUCAGAACCAACCGUACGCACUGCAAGUUGAAAAGAGCAUUCGGGAAAGUGCUUCUCAUGGUUGUCUCACUCAUAAAGUCAGCAAUUACCGUCGUUGUUUAAAGUGGCUCAAAUGUCAAAAUGACUCAUUAGCACCAAUAAUUAGUGUCUACUAAUU